UGUCCACAAACAGUGCUAAUGUUACCAAAACUGAGGAGUAAAAGACACUCGCUUCGUUUCAGGUGUAAUACAAAGACUCUUAUGAACUUUAAUUCGCCAACAGACCGCGUUAGCUGUCCAGAUAAGCUGUAGCGUAUCUCGUCAGCGGAGGUGUAACGUUUGGUGGCGUUUGGAAGACGGUUUGACGCCAAGAAACACUUCCUAAAACUCAUCUUUUAUCAGUUUUAGAGAAAUAUGUCAAAGCUGGAGACCUUGCUGGAAGAUGGACUCAGAUCAGAGUUAGUGCUCCAGCAACAGCUGAAGGCCCUGAGUGAGGCCCUCAGGCAGCAGAUGCAGGAGACAGAGAGGAGACAGAGAGAGGAGCUGGAGAGGAGGAUUCAUCAGAACGCUCUACUGUCAACUGACCAAGAGUCUGGGGAUAAAAAUGAACUAAACCAUCAGCACAAAAAUAUGGGAAUGAGGAGAUCCACCUCCACAUCUGCCCUGACCUCAGGCAAAGAGAUCUUGCACAGACAAUCAGAAAGGUCUUACUUAUCUUCUCCAGCUUGGCUAUCUUCAACAAACUGGAAGCAUUGUUCAGUCAGGAAGACUUCCACGCUGACUCCUUCCAGGACUCAACAGUGUGAGCGUUUAGCUUCAUGUAAAACAACACAGAUGAGCAAAGAGGAGGAGGCUGAGGCCGAGUGUCAGAAGAAGUUCUGCGCUCUGCCAGUCCCCAGCCAUGUCGUUCAGCCGCUCUAUCAGGAGAUGAUGGAGCUGAGGGAGAAGGAGAGGAAGCAGGGCCGUGAGCAGAGGAGGGACUUUUUGCUCUCCUUUCAAAAACCUUUCACCUUCCUGGAGAGGGAAAAAGAUAAAAGGGAGAAUCUGAUAGAAAAGCUAAACCAAGCCUCUCGUGAUCAGAAAAACAAGGCUGCUAAUUUUAGGAAAUCUCCCCACAAAGAGCUAAAAGGCUCUUCAGAAUCUGAGCUAAAAGACCAGGAGCUUUGCAGAGAAGUCUCCGCUCAGAAACAGAAAACAGUGCAACGUGAGAAUCCUAUUGUGUCUGGCGGCCCAAAACUUCGCACUGCUGAGCGCACCAGGAAAGAAAAGUUGGGAUUCCUGGAUGAGAGACCCAGCUUCAAGCCCAAAAUCAUCCACCAGGUCCCUGAUUUCAGCAGGCUGCACAAAGCCUUGCAGACCGAGGCGCUGAGAAAAACACAGAGUAAAGAUCAGAUAAAAUGUAAGCCCUUCUAUCUGAGGACAUCAGCUCUACCUGCAAGGCAAAGUAGGAUAAGCCCUGUAAACUCACAGGUACCAAAAAUAAGUAAUCUCAGUAGAAGCAAGUCACUUGGGGCCUUAACAUCGCUGUCCACAGACACACUCCCCACGUACAUCACAGAUGCUGCGAGGAAGCGCUGCAUGGCCAUCAGAAAUUCAAUGGAGAUGAGGGAUAGCAAGAAUCAAGAGAGUGCAGACUGGUUGAGGAAGCACCAAAUGAGGUCCCAGGCCAUGAAGAAGGCAGUCACACUUCAUGCAAAGUUGCUGGACCCACACAGCAGCUUGAAAGAAGUGCAUAAUGAAAAACUACAGCAUCAUCGGGAAGCUGACCGACAAAGGAUGAGAGAGUACAUGAGGGAGUUACGAGAUAUAAAGACACGAGUCAGUGAACGCCCUUAUUUGUUCGAACAGGUGAAACAGAAAAAUGCAAAGGCUCACGCAGAGCAGACAUACAGGAACAAGCUGAAGAUAGCCGGCUUAAAAGAGCAAUUUGUUGAAGAAAAUGGAGAAGCAGCUGAAGGAACGCCAACAUCAUCCAGGUCAGAGGACGAUACAGAUGAGAAUGAAAUUCAUAGCAGGGAAGAAAAUGUAGACGACGGGGAGAAAAUUGAAGAUGUGGAAGAGAAGAGCGUGAAGUCCAAAGGGGAAGAAAUGCCAUGAUCAAAAAGGUUCAGGCGGCACAGAGUUUUUUGUGGCCUCUCAGCUAGAAAACAACACUGUCCUCAAAAAUGUCACAGCUAACUAUCGGCACCAAGCGUUUGAUAGUUGUGCAACUAUAAAUUAUGAAAUUACAAAACAUCUGGACUCUACAAUCACAAAUGUUGGAGAUCACAACUGAAAGAAAAUAAAAGUUUAUAGAACUGUA